GUACACAGCCUUCUCCGCAGGACUUUUAAAGAGUCCUGUGAAUGUCGUAAGGUUACACAAACAGGCUUUUGAUACGUCGUGCGACUAGGCUCAAGUAUCUGAAUUACUGGAACUAUCAUCAUCAACUUGUCCCCUUGACGGGUACGAGAAAACAACGGCGACGCAUAUCCUUGGCGUUGUCGGCAUGCCAACUGACAACAAACCGAAGACCUCGAGCGACUCUCAAAGACCUCGUCAGGGGUGGCUAACCAGGUGUAUACCAACUUUAUCUGUACGUAACAGAGACGGGUCUCCUGAAGAUCCCAACAAGCCAAUCAUGACGGUAGCUGAUUCCCCAAAGAAGAGGAGAAGAAUGUCAAGUGUCCCUGCCAAGGGAAGAACGCCAUUCAAGCUCGGAGGGUCAGAAACAGUCGACAUGGCUUCAAAUGUCACAUCAAUCAGAGCGAUAUUUGAUGCAGGGCUGAACCUACCUCACGAAGUUCAAGCUUAUACUAAGGAUCAUGGCGAAAUGACACAGGCGGAAGAAGAGUCUGCUUGGGAACGUCCAGCAAGGCCCAAGGGCACUUCUCGGUCAAAGGAUGACCAAAUUGAGAGAAGAGCUGCGAUCAUCAUUCGAGCAAUCCGAGAGUUUGAACGGAAAGUGACCUUUGGUAAUCAGGCCUCCGAAGCUAUACCAGGCCCUGAAACCCGAGACAUGGGUGGCCAAUUUCUCACCAACAAGGACCGAAUAGAGAAAGAAAGCAAGUUAUACGAGAUCGCAAAAAUGGUGCCAAAGGGUGCACUUUUGCACCUUCACUUCAAUGCCGAGCUGCAUCCUGAGCGACUUCUAGAACAAGCUCGCUCGAUGGACCAUAUGUAUAUUCGAAGCAUCCGUCCCUUACUCACGCAAGAAGACCUCGAUCUCACAGAGACGGUAUUCAAUGUUUUAGAUGCUGAUGAGGUAGAGCGUGGCGUUGACAUCUUUUCACCAGACUAUCCUGGAACUGCGACCAACUGGAAACAAGAUGAGUGGAAGUGGCGAGUGUGGAUGCCUUGGUCCGAAUUCCAAACCAAGUUCGCACAGAAAAAGUUCUCCAAGAAGUACGAGCAGCAAGAGGACACGAUCAUGAUUGAACAGCCUCGAUGCUGCUCGGAGCCAGGCCAAGUAAGGUUACAUCCUGCUGAGAAUUGGCUCAAGUCGAAAAUGGUACUCAGUCUAGAAGAGGCUUACGGUCUCACACAAACGGUGAACGGAGUAUGGGCACGUUUCAAUCAAGCAACACGGUCUUUCAAAGGCUUGCUAAACUAUGAAAAAGUCUACAAGUGGUACAUCAGCGAAGCCAUUGAGCGCAUGAUUGAAGAGAAAAUCAUGUACGCCGAGCUGCGACCGAUGCUACUCGAUAAAUUCAUUCCCACAGACAACGGCAAAGGCAAAAUCACUAACUCUGAACAAAUGAAACUGAUCAUUGCUGGCGUGGAGGAAAAGAAGGCUGAGCUCAAGAAGAAGGGCGAGCUUGAGAAAUUUCCGUUUGGACUGAAAAUCAUCUACUGCACGCCGCGCUCCAUCCCUAAAAAGAUGAUGCAAGAAGAGAUGAAGCAGUGCAUCGAGCUGAAAAAUGAGUUUCCAGAUCUUAUAUGUGGCUUCGACCUUGUAGGCGCCGAAGACAGGCCAAACCACAUCGGUUUCUACAAAGAAGAACUCAUAGCAUUCAGAAAGACCUGCGAGGCCCUGAAGCUCGAAAUACCCUUCCUUUUCCAUGCUGGCGAAACGCUGCUUGAUACAGGCGGUUCUACUGAUCCAAGCAACUCGAACUUGUACGAUGCUGUCAUUCUCGAGUCUAAGCGCAUUGGACACGGCUUCUCCCUCUUAAAGCACCCACACCUUAUGGAGAAAUUCAAGCCCAACAAGGAGACAGGGAGUCCAGGCAUUUGCAUCGAGCUAUGUCCCAUCUCUAACGAGCUCCUCCAUCUCUGCAGGAACAUCAAGGAGCACCCAUUCCCUGAGCUUCUGGCAGCAGGCAUUCCUUGCACAAUCAAUAGUGAUAAUCCGUCGCUGUUCAGCAAUUCCAUGUUCCAUGAAUUCUACCAAGUCAUGGUAGGCGCGCCCACAAUGUCGCUAUACAGCUGGAAGCAGCUCGCUCGCUGGAGCAUCGAGUACAGCUGCCUCUCUGCAUCCGAGAAAAUCGAAGGGCGUAAGAUUCACGACAAGACAUGGAAACAGUUUUGCUCAGAUGUAGUCGAGCAGUACGGCGAUUUGAUGCUCAAAGACCAGCCUGACCAGAUCGACGAGGACAAGGCAAAGCAGGCGGAUGCUCGAGGGAUCAUCUCUUGAAUAGAGCUUGCCAUGACCAGUGAGUAAGCAACUCUCGCUCGAGUGCUUAUUCCGAAGGGGAUCAUCAUACUUUUCAUGUCCGUUUUGGUGUGCUCGACGCCGGUGCGGUAGAAGCUGCACACUCCUUUCUACAGCGACACUCUCCGGUACACCAGGCCGCUUCGACAAGAUCACGACGAGACUGUACAUCGAUUCGCCAUUGUCGAUUCGCCAUUGUCGAUUCGCGGUCUUUGAUACUCAGAUGUGGGGAUUUGAAGCAGUGGUUGGUGGAAGGGGGGAAGUACUG